UGUUGUUUAUGUGUCUAAGACUGCAGGGUGGGAGAUGCUACAAUGACCUUGAGAACAGCAGGAUGUGUGUUGGUGGUCUUUCUCUGGUCUGUAGCAGUGGUACUGGGUCAGUAUGUCUGGAGUGUGAAAUACACCACUCAGAGAAUCUGUGUCUUGAAGGGGUCAACAGUAGAUCUGUUCUGCUCUUACACAUAUCCCAGAGGUAAAGUCACAACAACCUUCUGGUUCACUAAAAUGGAGGCUGGUAAAGAACCUAAAGAUCUAGGUCAGAACCCAGAGUAUGCAGGUCGUCUGGAGUAUCAUGGAGAUAAGAAGAAAGACUGCACCCUGAGAAUCACAGACCUGAGAGAGAGAGACUCAGCUACCUACAAGUUCAGAUUCAUAACAGAUCAGGAAGGAGGGAAAUAUUAUGGAGAUCCUGGAGUCACUCUGUCUGUCACAGGUCUGCAGGUGAAGGUGACUCCUGCUGCAGAGGGACAGAAGACACUGACCUGUAGCACCACCUGUACUCUGACUGACAACCCCACAUACAUCUGGUACAAGAACGGACAACAUCUAGAUGAGCCCACUUCCCAACAAUACUCUAGUAAUAUGCUGGUGGUCGGGGAUUCUACUGUGGACAUUUACUCCUGUGCUGUUGAAGGUCACGAGGCUCUCCACUCUCCUGUAGUUUGUUUUCAGGUGAAGGUGACUCCUGAACAGUAUUCAGAGUAUAAGACACUGACCUGUAUCACCACCUGUACUCUGACUGGUAACCCCACCUACAUCUGGUACAAGAACGGACAGAUCUAACUGACAACACUUCUCC